GCAGGAGAGGCCGCCUCGCCAGGCCUGGACUCGCCCCAAACACAAACAUUUUCAACUUUUGUCGCUCACUUGCAUUUGCUGGGGUUUUAUUUUCACGUUUAGCCAGCAGGACAACUCUGACACUCGGGCCUGAAUGAAGGGUUUUCCGGGACGGGCGUGAAGCGUUGUGUUGCGGGUGUUUUAGCUCGAAGGGCAGUUGUUGAUAGGUGUUUGAGGGGUUUUGACAGGUGUGAGAGGGCAGGGAGGGGGCCCAGGCUGAACUAUCUUAUGACUAAUCAUUGUGUUCAAGUUGCUGAUCUUAGGAGGUGAUUGGAAGGGAUCACACCACUUGAGGAGGGAUGAGGAAGCUGCAUCUGUGGUCGUGUGGAGUGAUGGAAUCAAUCACGGACAGUGAGCGUUUACAGCGGCUCCGUGAAUUAGAAGCUCAAUUACGAAACCCAAGAGGCAUCAUCAAUGUCGACUCCUUAUUGGAUGCAGCACAGGCGAUGGUCGCAGACUGCGAUCAUCAAGCCAUCAGACGAAACAAAAAUGUGGAGGCUUUCAUUAAUAGAUAUCGGGAGCCCAUACUGGAUGUGGAGCUAUUGCGAAUGAGAGCUGACGAUUUUACAAAUAUUAAAGUCAUAGGCAGGGGGGCAUUUGGUGAAGUUCAGCUUGUUAGACAUAAAUCUACUAAAAAGGUAUAUGCGAUGAAAUUAUUAAGCAAAUUUGAAAUGAUUAAGCGAUCAGACUCUGCAUUUUUUUGGGAGGAGCGGGACAUCAUGGCUCAUGCUAAUUUUACCGUAUUUGCCGGUGUAUAA